AGUGCCGUCGCUGUCUCUUUCUGUACUAUCAUCUCUUGUGCUACCAGACGGGGACAAAAAAAUGACAACUUACACAGACAAAGGACCAAAGCCGGAAAGAGGCCGCUUCCUCCACUUCCACUCCCUGACGUUCUGGGUUGGAAAUGCCAAGCAGGCUGCAUCGUUUUAUUGCAACAAAAUGGGAUUCGAGGAGCUGGCCUAUCGAGGCCUGGAAACGGGAAGCAGAGAGGUGGUGUCGCACGCGGUCAAGCAGGAUAAGAUUAUAUUUGUGUUCUCCUCGGCUCUCAACCCUGGAAAUCAAGAAAUGGGUCAGCACUUAGUUCAACACGGGGAUGGUGUCAAAGAUGUUGCCUUUGAAGUGGAAGAUUGCGAUUCUAUUGUGCAGAAAGCUAGAGAGCGUGGAGCCCUGAUUGUGAAAGAACCUUGGAUAGAGGAAGACAAAUACGGGAAAGUGAAAUUUGCAGUUGUUCAGACGUAUGGAGACACCACACAUACGCUGAUUGAAAAGAUGGAUUACAAAGGACAUUUCCUGCCUGGCUUUGAGAUGCCCCUCUUCAAGGACCCGCUGCUAAAAAGUCUGCCACCAGGAAAGCUGAACUUCAUCGAUCACGUGGUGGGGAACCAGCCUGAUCAGGAGAUGGUCCCGGUGGCGGAAUGGUACCAAAGAAACCUCCUGUUUCAUCGCUUCUGGUCAGUGGACGAUAAACAGGUCCACACGGCGUUCAGCGCUCUCCGCUCCAUCGUGGUGGCCAAUUACGAAGAAUCAAUUAAAAUGCCCAUUAAUGAGCCUGCUAUGGGGAAGAAGAAGUCGCAGAUCCAGGAGUACGUUGAAUAUUAUGGUGGCUCUGGCGUCCAGCACAUUGCUCUGAAUACCGCAGACAUUAUUGCUUCGGUCACGAACCUGAAAGAGCGGGGCAUGGAGUUUAUGGCCAUUCCAGCCACCUACUACCAGCAACUCCGACAGAAGUUGAAAUCGGCCAAGAUCAAGGUGAAGGAGAACAUCGACAAACUGGAGGAACUUAAAAUCCUCGUGGACUAUGAUGAGAAAGGAUAUCUGCUCCAAAUCUUCACCAAGCCUGUUCAGGACAGACCAACGGUCUUCCUCGAGGUCAUACAGCGCCACAACCACCAGGGAUUUGGUGCUGGAAACUUCAAAUCUUUGUUUGAAGCUAUCGAAAUGGACCAGGAUGCCCGGGGAAAUCUCACCAUCCUGACACCCAACGGAGAAUCGGAUUUCAUGUAAUGCUCAGCUGCAAAGGAGGCAGCUAUACACUUCUCAGUUAGGCCUUUCCCAACAGCAAUUCAGGUCACUAAAAUAAAUUCUGCCCCUCCACCAAUCUUCCAAAAUGAGCAGUUAGCACUGGCAGGCAGGGCUGGUUUGCUGAGUGCAGGGCUGAUCACCCUAGAACAGCUUUGAUGUUUGUUUUGUUAAGUACUGGGGGGGGGGCGGGAACUGCAACACGCGCAAGUCAGAGCAGACCCCUGAUUGUCUGGGAGGGGGGAGAGAGGAGGCAGCAGCUUCCACCUUCACCCCAAUAUGAGGAGCUUGGUCCUGCCAUCAAACUGGUAGUCUUAAUUCAGAUGACACUGUAAAGGUGGAGGAGCAUCUAGAUGAACAUGAAAGCCUUACAAAGUUGUGGCAUUUAUCAAAACACUUUCUUCCCUUGUUUGUGGGUUGAAUAAAAAGAUUACUAGUGCAAA